CGCACCGAGGGCUCGCCGUUCUCUCGUCUGUCAUCUGUGUUCGACACUCUUUGGCGAUCUGAAGGUUCUUUUACGCACGGCGCUCGGAUCACAGACAGACAGCAAGCAUCAGAGCUGAAAGUUUGAGGAGACAUGCAGAAGGUAAAGCUGUCAUCCAGGCGUGGCUCGGGGUGGAUAUGGAUGUCUAUAUAAAUGAGUGAGAUCGCAGAUGAAAUGCGCGUCUCUCUCCUCUCCAGUCUGUGAUCGCGCGCACUUCUCGUCAUGGCAGAGGUGGCUGGAUUUCUCGGCAGCAUCGAUCUGGAUUUGCAGGCUUUUCCAGCAUUGGGGAACGUGCCGUUGUCGGACGGUCUGAACGAGAGACUGGGUCUGAUCGAGGGCAGACUGCAGCGCGGAUCGCUUACGGAUUUUGGCCACCUGAAGGGCAUCCUGCGCAGGAGACAGCUGUACUGUCGCACCGGCUUCCAGCUGGAGAUCUUCCCCAACGGGACGGUGCACGGGACCCGACAGGACCACAGCAGGUUCGGUAUUCUAGAGUUCAUCAGUCUGGCCGUCGGGCUGGUGAGCAUCCGUGGGGUGGAUGCAGGUCUCUAUCUGGGAAUGAAUGAGAAGGGUGAACUCUACGGCUCGAAGAAGUUGACGGCAGAGUGCGUGUUCCGCGAGCAGUUUGAGGAGAACUGGUACAACACCUACGCAUCCACGCUGUACAAGCACACAGACACUGGACGAUUUUAUUACGUGGCUCUAAACAAAGACGGCUCGCCUCGAGAAGGGGGAAGGACGAAAAAGCAUCAGAAGCUGACUCACUUUCUACCCAGGCCCGUUGAGAUCGAGAAGAUCCCUCAGGCCUACAGGGACUUGUUCCAGCACAGGUGACCAGAAACACACCCAGAGUUGCUGGGUCGGAGAGGUUUGGUGAAGGUGCUGGAUGGAAAAGACGCCUCGCCACUGUUUAUAUCUGGGUUCUGGUCCAAAAAGAGGAAUCCCUCUCCAGCGGUGACUGAGAUAAACAGUACGUGUGUGUCCUGGAUGGCUCUGUUUCCUCUCCUUAAUGGGUUUGAAACCACAGAGAAGAGAACAUUCCUGCAUCCAGAGCUGGUGCCAAAACAUCGUCUUGAGAAAGAGGUGUUGACUUCAGGGCCACACGACACGAGACACUUUUUUCUUUUUAACUGGAUCUUUAUCUGGGGAAGGAAAACUGCCUUUGAGCAAUAAUAAUAUCGGCCUUGAGAAGACUGGACAUGCUCAGUCUGGACCCUGGAGCUGAUUCUACGGACACAGCACUUAUCAACAUGAAGGUGGAUUUUAUAUUCUAGCACAUACGCAAAGCAAAAGCCUUUUCAACAUACCUUCAGAAAGGGACUUGAGACCUGCAAUCAGCUUCUGCUGACAAACAAACAUCUGAAAUCUUAAUCUCAGAUCGUGAGGCGGGGAGGAAGAGUUUUAUAGUAAUUGACCCUUACCCCGUCCAGGAGGAACUCACGUGAUGUUGAUGGCGUUUGGUACUUGUGAAGGUCUGGGACGCCUGAAAGAAAGAUCUGUUGCAGCGAAUAAGCCUUGAAUGGAUUUGGGUGACUUAUGAUGUUCAGACUGUCAGGAACAUUAUGGAAACGUUAGUGAAAGACGUGUAAAUACGGACGAAC